AAAAGGACAGGCCCUCGCAGAGAGAAGGACAGCGAGGGAAGUCUAAACACUUACGAGCAGCAAGCCUGGCGGCCUACGAAAGCCCAGGGGGCGGGGGACCGACCUCCAGCGCAAGCGCAGCACUCUGCCCCGCCCCCUCGCCCGUGCUUCCGGCUGCUCCUUUCUGCAUCCGGGGCACGAAAACUCCUCGUUAGGCCUCGGGCGGCGGCCUCUGACCGGAGCCGGAAGUGGACCCGGAGCCAGGCGGAGGAAGCCGGCGGCCGACCCGUCAGCAGUCUGUGGUGGUCUCGAGGGGCGGCGCCGCGCUGCUCCCAGCGAGCCGAUCCCGCGGCCAGGCGGGUAGCCGGCCCGAGGGCGCGAAGCCAUGAGGCUGUACAGCCUCAGCGUCCUGUACAAAGGCGAUGCCAAGGCGGUGCUCCUCAAAGCCGCGUACGACGUGUCCUCCUUCAGCUUCUUCCAGAGGUCCAGCGUUCAGGAAUUCAUGACCUUCACAAGUCAGCUGAUUGUGGAGCGCUCCUCGAAAGGCAGCAGAGCUUCUGUCAAGGAACAAGAAUAUCUGUGCCAUGUCUACGUGAGAAACGACAGUCUGGCGGGAGUGGUCAUUGCUGACAGUGAAUACCCAUCCCGGGUGGCGUUUACCUUGCUGGAGAAGGUACUAGACGAAUUCUCCAAGCAGGUCGACAGGAUAGACUGGCCAGUUGGAUCCCCCGAUACCAUCCAGUACACAGGCCUGGACGGUCACCUCAGUAGAUACCAGAACCCCCGAGAAGCUGACCCCAUGACUAAAGUGCAGGCUGAACUAGAUGAGACCAAAAUCAUCCUGCACAACACCAUGGAGUCUUUGUUAGAGCGAGGCGAGAAGCUAGAUGACCUGGUGUCCAAAUCCGAAGUGCUGGGAAUACAGUCUAAAGCCUUCUAUAAAACGGCCCGGAAGCAAAACUCAUGCUGUGCGAUCAUGUGACAGCAGCCGGCAGAGGCCCCUGCGCUGGAACGCCACCGUCACUCACAUCGGAACUGCAGCCCCCAGGGAGCAGACCCACCGUGGAACAACCCGAGUGGGACAGACUCAACUUUGGCUUUGGAGCUCGUGGGAGGAACCGAAGGGUGGAAGGGACCUGGGGGUGGGGAAUGUUCAGAUUCACAUGUCUAGUAAUUUGAGGCCCCCUAAACGUGUAUUUUGGGGCCGAAUGAAACCAUAAAGCUCAGUGACUCC